AUGCCUGCCGCUGUGUCUACAAUCAUGAUGUAUGUAACACAAGAAGAAAUGGUUCAUUGGAUGAUCUCAUUUGUGGCAUCCUGUGUUGGAUUCGCGUCAGUCUUCAAAUCCAUUGCAGUCAUCUUCCAUAAUUAUCCUCCCGAAGUGGACCAAGAUUUAAGAUCCUUUCUGUGUUGGUAUAUAUCCUUCACCGAGCCGGUUUUUGUCAAGGAUAAAUUGAAGAGGGUGACCAUUCCAGAGAUAUUGGAUCGAGGUGCAUUGUUGAUGGGCAAGAUACUUGGCCUAUUCACUCUGCUGAGUAUCUUUCGAUCCUUUGGGUUGUACCCAUCGCAAUACACCAGCAUAUCCCAGUUAUUACCUUCCGCUAUUACCCCUCUGAUAGAUGGUUUUGUACAUGUCUGGUUCAUCUACUUUUUCCUAUCGUUUGCCAUUGACUUUGGUAUGCUCUUCUAUUCGGUUCUGUUUGGAGCAAGCGUGGAACCUGGGUUUUUCAAUCCCUUGCUGACAUCCCGAUCCUUGCGAGAGUGCUGGGCGCAAAAGUGGAACCUAUCGGUCCAAAGCUUGUUGAAGCGUAACGUGUAUAUUCCUUGUCGCAAGGCUGGUGUUCGAAGAGAGUUGUCGACAGUGUUGACCUUUUUGGCGUCAGGACUAUUGCACGAGUACACCUUUUCCAUACACAACACAGCCUCCUAUCGAAUAGGCGAGGCGACUAUCUUUUUUACCAUGAUGGGCAUACUGGUAUUGGUGGAGGGAGCGAUUGCAAAGAUUAUGCCAAUAAAUUUACAAGAGCUUGCCGAACAGGUUCCCAGUGUUGUGAUUUCAUCAAUCAUGGUACUGUUGGUUGCAGCAGCUGUACCGUUAUUCAUUCGAUCCUGGCUAGAAUCGGGUGUUAUCGAUGCUACGAGUGAAAUAUUCCCUCACUUUCUUUGUACUUCAGAGAGCGGAUAG